AUGAGAAUUUCAUUUGUUUCAGAAUGUCUUUUACUACGAAUAGUACGCGUUUCUGUCCCUACAUACCGUGUGAGGGGCCAGCCAGCUCAGUUAGAUUGCGAGUAUGAAUUGGGUGACGACACAUUAUACUCAGUGAAGUGGUAUAGAGAUAAUGAGGAGUUCUACAGAUAUUUGCCGAAAUAUGAUCCGCCAAAACACGCGUAUAAACUCGACGGGAUUAAAGUUGAUCUUUCAAAAUCGGACGAUCGCCACGUCGUGUUGCACCAGGUGACGUUGAAGUCGUCAGGUCUAUACAGAUGUGAAGUGUCGGCGGAAGCCCCGAGCUUCGCGUCCACCGCCGGCGAGGGAAGAAUGGACGUCAUUUAUCUACCACGAGAGGGUCCGAGAAUAACUGGGAAUGAGCAAGAAAAUAGAGUAGGAGAUUCUCUCUUCCUAAACUGCACCUCUGGGCGAUCGUACCCUGGUGCGGUGCUCAGUUGGGAUAUUGAUGGUGAAAAGGUGACUGACCCAAAUCUUUUGGUCCAAUACCCACCAAUCCAGCACGCGCAUGGGUUGGUUUCAACAGCCUUGGGCUUGCUGGUGCCAACGGGGAAAACCAUGCAAGUCAAAUGCACGGCCAGAGUGGCUCCUGCUUGGCGGGAAGGCAGUGAAGCCGUGGUUGGUAAUAGCCAAGUAGCGGAUAGUAAAGAGGCCAUGUUAUUAGUGCGAAGUUCAGCCGUGGCGCCUACAUUAAGUAUAACAUUGUUAACACUUUCUCUUCUUCAAAUCCUCUUAACACAAUCAGAGACGUGA